AUGACCUCCCAAGGAUCCACGGGAGUUCACCUCACUGCUCGUGAUGUAGAGAUUCUCUCUCUAGCUUGGCAGUGUUUCGACACCAACCCCAAGAUCAACUGGCAGAAACUUGCUGAUGUGGCUGGAUUCAAGAAUGCUUCGACCGCUUGUGCCUGCUUUGGCCCCAUCAGGAAGAAGCUUGGCAUUUCUGGUACCAAGGCUGGAGCCGAGGAUGAUGACAAGUCGAACCAUACUCCGUCCAAGUCUGCCACCAAGCGCAAGGUUGCCACGCCCAAGACACCUCAUUCCAGCAAGAAGGCCAAGUCGUCUAGAAAGGCCCUCACUAGUGAUGAGGAAGAUGACGACGAGGUCAAGCCCAAGGUUGAGGUCAAGACUGAAGUUGCGACUCCUGAGAAUGAGAAGGACUCGCUUAGUCUCGAUACCGGGGAUGAAGAUGAAGCCUAA